AUGAAUAUAGCAAAAGGAAAACCAAUACAGAAAGUUGAUACUUUGCUAAACGCAGAUGCUGCAGAGUGGUGUCCACAUCCUGGCCUGCAGAAUGUUCUACUGUGUGGUACAUACAAACUACUGGAAUCCACACUCUCAGAACAUGCUAACACUGAGAACCCUGUAACGUCAUCACUGUGUAACCCAGGACUUGAGGCUUCUGAAGAACUUCUCGCAGAGACAGCACAGGCAACUGCUCAAGUUCGAGUUGGAGGUGUGAUAACAUACAAGGUUCUCUUUUCUGAGUCAGGUCAACCACAUCUUGAAGAAUGUAGUACCAUGUCCACCUGUGGAGUGCUGGACAUCAAAUGGAUGGAGGCUGCUGCUGGGGACAGAUUUUUAUAUGGUAUCGUUGAUGCUGAAGGCCAGUUUCAGAUGUUUCAGCUCGAAGAAGAAAAUCUUACAAGCAGGUUUCUUGCAAAAAGCAGGCUGUCAGAAUCAUCACUUGGUCUGUCAUUAAGCUGGGCUGAUUUUUCCCAAGGAUCACCUCUAGUCGCAGCUUCAGAUUCUGCUGGUUGUGUCACCGUGUUUCAGGUUGGCGAUAAUCUCAGCACCGUCUCAACAUGGAAGGCUCAUGACUAUGAGGCCUGGAUUACAGCUUUUCACAAGUCUGAUCACAAUCUAGUCUUUUCAGGCGGUGAUGACUGUAAAUUAAAAUGUUGGGAUCUCCGAAAUACAUCACAGUCAACAUUUUGUAGUAAUAG